AUGUCCCUACCGCCGGCGUACUUGACCGAAAUCGAGUCCCUCAGUCGAGAAAUCCUUAGAACUCAACCUAUCGAUAUCCUACAAUUCUGUGCCAACUAUUUUGGUCAACGCCUAGAAACGGAGCGCGCAGGGUUUCUUACAUCUACCUCUCGUAAUAGAUCGUAUCGUUCUGUAUCGCCCGGAACAGUAAAUCGCCCGAACAUGGCUGGGAAUACCUUCCCUGGACGGCUUGGAACUUAUGUCAACCCUUUUGGCGGCGAUGGAAGUGGCGCAGGACAUGAACAAACAAGUUCCGGCACUAUUUCGAAAGUCAUAGAGGAGGAUGAGAAUGAUACUAUUACAUCACCAACAACACCCAGUUUUGGGUUCUCGAAAGGGAUACCUUCGUUUGGAGCUUCGUUUGGUGGAGAUGCAACUGCUGGAGACUUCCCACCAUCUUCUUUCAAACCCGCGAGUGAAGGUUUUCCCGAGCAUUAUGGCAUGGGAAGGCGCACUUCUGUUUCGGCCGAAUCUCUCAACCCCACAGCUUCGUCCAACGACAACUGGUCUCCACCAUACCAUCAGAAAACACAAGAGCAGGUAGCACGCCUGCAAAAGUCGAUUUCCGGAAACUUCCUGUUCAGUCAUCUUGAUGAUGAGCAAAGCGCCCAAGUUCUGGGUGCUCUCGUAGAGAAGCCAAUUCCAGCUGUCGGCAUUAAGGUCAUCACACAAGGCGAUCAGGGAGAUUUCUUCUACGUAGUGGAGAAAGGCUCUUUUGACGUACAUGUCAAUUCCUCCGGUUGGCUGCAGCCAGGUUCCGAUGGUCUCGGGACUAAAGUGGCCACCAUUGAGCCUGGUGGAUCUUUUGGUGAACUCGCCCUUAUGUAUAACGCCCCCAGAGCUGCCACGGUGAUAUCUGCCGAAGCAUCUUGCACUCUUUGGGCGUUGGACCGUAUCACUUUCCGCCGAAUUCUUAUGGAUUCGACAUUCCAGCGCCGUCGUCUCUAUGAAAGUUUCCUCGAAGAAGUACCUCUUCUUUCAACCCUGACCCGUUAUGAAAGAUCAAAAAUUGCCGAUGCUUUGGAGACGCAGAAAUACCCUCCUGGUACUUCGAUCAUUACUGAAGGAGAUGCUGGAGAAGCAUUUUACCUUCUUGAAAGUGGGGAGGCUGAAGCAUACAAGCGUGGCGUAGAUAACCCGGUGAAACUGUAUCAUAAGGGAGAUUAUUUCGGAGAGCUGGCAUUAUUGAAUGAUGCUCCCCGAGCCGCCAGUGUCAUUAGCAAAACCGAGGUAAAGGUUGCUACCCUUGGCAAAAACGGCUUCCAGAGGUUAUUAGGACCUGUCGAGAGUAUCAUGAGAAGAACAAAGUAUGAAAGUGUGGAGAGCAUUGACCCCCUUCACCAGAAGUGA